AUGAACAAGUGCAACGGCAACAAGAGAGGCAAGCAGUGGAUGAAGUACGUGGCGCAGAACACUCAACCCGAAACCCCAGGGACACGGAGCAUGGCAGAGAAGAGGUCUUGGGUUCGAAAGAAGUUUCUGGAAGAACUGAGCCUGAAGCCACCGGACUUCCCCAUCCCCCUACGCUGCCACACUGUGUGGGAGGGCAUGUCCGUCAAACUGGCCUGCACUGUACAGGGCUACCCUACACCGAGAGUCAGCUGGUACAAAGACGGGGUUCCCCUGCACAAGUUCCACCACCCCUGGAACUACAAACUCCGGCAGUCCUAUGGCCUCAACGUCCUGGAAAUUCGCAGGUGUUCGGCUGAAGACGCGGGGGAGUACAAGGCUGUGGCCCAGAGCACUCUGGGCGAAGCCACCACCUUCGCCACGCUGCUGGUGAACGCCUAUCAGGGUUUAGAAGCUGGAUUGGAGUGUUCCUGGAGGCGAAGCCCGGUUCCGGAGCAGGAGGCCCUGUUUGAGUCCGCCUUCCCGCCCUCUUUCGCCCGGGAGGGGGAGUCCAUCACCCUGCGCUGUGGGUUCUCCUCCCCCCUCCUGCCCUUCCAGCAGGACGUGGCCUGGUACAGGGACGGAGUCCUUAUCCGGGUAUCCAGCAGGACUGAGCUCCAAACUGGCUCCACGUUCACCUCCCUGACUUUGAAGGGCGUGCACAAGGAGCAGGAGGGCGUGUACACCGUCCGUCUGCGCACCUCACAGGGGGUCAAAGAGCACAGCGCCUACGUCUACGUCAGAGACGGGACGUCUACGGUUGUGGGUGCCCCCGCGUCCCCCCUGGGGGUGAAGUGCAGCGAUGUGAACCGGGACUACGUCUUCCUCACCUGGACCCCACCCAGCGCCGACGGGGCCUCCUGCGUGGAGGGGUACUACGUGGAAAUGUGUGAGAUAGGCGUGGGGAAGUGGGUGCGCUGUAGCGAUGCAGUGCAGAAGGCCUGCUGUUACCCGGUAACCGGACUGAGGGACGGGUGCUGGUACCAGUUCAGAGUGCUGGCGGUGAACCAGGCCGGCGCCGGGCGGCCCUCCAAGGCCACCGAGCCCAUCCUCACCAGCGACCCGGCCGAGCCCAGCAGGACCAUGGUGGUGAAAUUGGACAGAGGAAAGGAGAUUAUCAUCACUAAGGACCAACUGGAAGGUGAAAUUCGGGUUCCCCUCCCGCCCACCGACGUCCACGCGUCCGAGGUGAGCGACACCUACGCCGUGGUGAGCUGGGGCGAGCCGGACCCCCGCGGGAGGGAGAAGCUCACUUUCUACGUGGAACGGUCCCUCGCUGGGAGGACCAGCUGGCAGAUGGCCAGUCUGGAUCAGACCAUCAGCUCUCCCAGGUUCGCGGCGUUUGACCUGCAGAAGGGAGAGGCCUACGUCUUCCGUGUGCGGUCCGUCAACAAGUACGGAGUCAGCGACCCCUCCCUGCCCAGCCCCCCCAUCUCCCUCGCUGCUGCUCCCCGAGCACCUCCUGCCCCUCCCCAGGGGGUCUUGGCAAUUCGGGACACGGACUCCUCUGUUCUGGUGAAGUGGAGGGAGGGAACGAGCAGCGAGGACGUCCUGGGAUACUACCUGUACUACUGUCCGACCGGAACCAGCGACUGGAAUACAGUCAACAACAAACCAACCACCGACACCAGCUUCACGGUCCAUGGCCUGAGGAAGAAUAAGGAGUAUGUGUUCCGCGUGAAGGCGGUCAGCAGGGAGGGGAACAGCGAGUACUCUGAGGAAUCGGCCUCCGUGCUGGUCAAAGCAGCCAUCCGCGUCCCGUCCGCCCCCUCCUGCGUGGCCCUGCUGAACUGCACCGGCUCGGAGAUGGUGAUUGGCUGGAAGGCGCCGGCGAGCAGCGGCGGGGACGGCGUGAGGGGGUACUUCCUGGAUCAGAUGGACGCGGCGCUCCAGCUGUGGCACGAGGUCAACGCCACGCCCGUCAGAGAGCGGAUCUAUAAGGUCAGCGGCCUGCUGGAGGGACAUUAUUACCAGUUCAGGGCUCUCGCCGCUAACAUUGUCGGCGUUAGCAAGCCCUCCGAGCCCAGCCAGCCCUUCCUGUGCAAGGAGUGGACCAUGCCCGAGCCCGGCUGUCCCUAUGACCUGGAAUUCCGAGAUGUCCGUGAGAACUCGCUGGUCCUUCUGUGGGAGGGGCCUCUGUAUGAGGGGCGGAGUCCCGUCACAGGUUACCUGGUGGAGAUCAUCGAAGAGGGCGAGGAGGAGGGAUGGAUCACACUGACCCCGGAGCCAAUCACCGACACUAACCUGAAGGUGUCUAGCCUGACGGCAGGUAAAACGUAUCGUCUGCGCGUGUUGGCCGUGAACGAUGCAGGUGUGGGCAUGCCCUCCCUGCCCACUGAGCCUGUCAGAGCCCAGAGGAAACCAGGGACGAAGGACAUCGAGCUCGGCGUCGACGACGACGGCUUCAUAUUCCUGGCUUUCGAAUCGCAGGAGGGCGACGAGUUCUCCUGGGCGAAGAACUACAAGGACGCCAUCGAUGCGGGAAGGGCCACUGUGGAGAACAAGGAUAACAGGUCGACCCUCACCUUCAGCAGCGCGUCUGAGGAGGACCUGGGUCUGUACACCGCGGCCGUCACCGACUGCCCCCAGGCCUCCGCCAGCUACGAUUUCACCGCUGAGGAUCUGGAGAGGAUGCUGGAGCUCAGCUGGGACGUCCGCAACCCACUGAUCGCCCUGGUCUCCCCCUGGACGGUGGAGGUGCUGGAGACGGGCGCGGUCCGCUUCUGGAUGCGGACGGUGCCCCUGAGCCGGGACGCCGAGCUGCACCUCAUCUUCAACGACAGGGAGAUCAGCAGCACCCCGGCCCGGAAGGUUAACUUCGACAAGGCCUCCGGGCUGGUGGAGGUGCUGAUAGAGGACCUGACCCAGGCGGACGAGGGGUCCUACACCGCACAGCUACGGGACGGGCGAGCCAAAAACCAGUUCACCCUGGUGUUAGUGGACGAGAAGUUCCGGCAGACGCUGGCGCUGUCGCGGGCCAAGCGCGCCGACCUGAAGAGGAAAGCAGGGCCGCAUUUCUUGGAGUAUUUGUCCUGGGAAGUGACAGAGAAUUGUGAGGUGAUAAUCAAAUGCAAGGUGACCAACGUGAGCAAAGACACGUGUCUGAAGUGGUAUAAAGACGAGGUGGAGAUGAAGGAGUUUGUGUACGAGCAGCAGUCCGGAGUCUGCACUUUCACGGUGGCGCAAAUGACGGAGGAGGACACGGGAGUGUAUCGCGUGGUGGUGUCUGACACUAGGGGAGAGGAUGUGAGCACGCUGGAGUUGCUGGAUAAAGAGUACGAAAAACUUCUACAGGAGCUCAGCAAGCGAAGUGGCCUUUCUGCUAGCCCACUGAAACUUCAGUGCACUGCAGAGGGCUUUAGGUUUUACUGCUCUCUGAAGCUCUACCUCAGCUACAUGAAAACUGCCUGGUACUUCAAGGAGAAGCGGAUUGACCAGGAGGCCAGGGCACGCCCGGGGAGCAGCAUGCAGAAGGUCUGGAUCGACAUCCUGGGCCCCACGGAGAACGACAAGGGCAAGUACACCCUGGAGAUGUUCGACGGCGAGGAGACGCACAGGAGAGCCAUGGACCUGUCCGGGCAAGCUUUUGCAGACGCAAUGGUGGAGUACCAGAGGCUGAAGCAAGCCGCCUUGGCAGAGAAGAACCGAGCCAAAGUUACGAAGGGCCUCCCGGACGUGGUCGCAAUCAUGGAAAAUAAGACCCUGUGCCUGACCUGCUUUUCGGAGGGCGACCCCGCCCCGGAGAUGCGCUGGCUGAAGAACGACCGCGAAAUCGCCACGGGGAAGCAGUACGGCAUCACGGUCGAGCGGCAGUGCAGCACGCUGACCAUCUACGAGGUCUCCUCGGAAGACUCCGGGCUGUACAGCCUGCACGUGUCCAACAAGCACGGCUCGGACACCGUCUACGUGACGGUCAGCGUGUACAAGCACGGCGAGCUGCCCCGCGCCGACGCCGUGGAGCUGUGGUGACAUCGCGGGGGGUCACGUGAUCCAGGGAGGGCGGGAGGGGGGCGGGGCUAAAAGAUGGCCUUCCCUGUCACACGGGCGUGGAAUUUUGUCAGUUUUGUCAGAAAUUUGGCUUGCUAUGGCUUUGCUUUGAAAGCUGUAUGUUUUUUUUUUUGGAAGUAACAUGGAGAAAUUUUGGGUGCUAAUUCCACUUUAAUUGAGUUUAUAUGAGUUCACAUUGUACUGAUGGUACACCAAUAUGAACUCUGUCAGAGUUAUUUUGUGCUGGGAAUUUUGCUGUGUAGGCAAAAAAAAAGUCACCUGUUGAAACGUGGUUUAAAGCAAAGCCCCUGUUGUGUGUGUGUGUGUGUGUCAUGCAUGCAAUUAUAUUUAUCAUAAGCAGGUUAGCACCGUACCCCAGUUAUGUGAUACAGCUUUGCUAAGUAAUGGACAUUUCAGAGGGUUAUGAAGAUGUGGGCUCCUCCACAUCUGCCUCCUUUUGUACAUCACCCUAAGUUGUCAGGCGAGUGUUCCGGUGACAUUAAUCUUGUUAACGGCAUCCAGAAUAACACCUCAAUCGCCUUAAAAAUAAGAUUCAGUCAAAAACGUUGCCAAGCUGUCUUCAUGCACCCCUACAGGUUUUUUUUUUUUUUUUUUUUUGGAAGUUUGUCCUUUUUAAUUUAUUCCUAAAUUUAUUCCAGUUUCUAAGUACGAGAUUGCCGGGGGGGCUUGUUUGAGCCAGCGGCCUUCAUCUGCAAGAGCAGAAUAAUUUAAAAGGAUUAGUCGAGUCGAGUCAGUCCUUCGAGGGAAACCUGCAGUGGAAUCCUGCAGGAAGUGCUCGUCUUAUUCCCCCCCCGCCCCGAUGACGAAUAGCAAUUGCGUGCCUAUUUCUGUGGCACUGCCCCUUGUUCAAAAGUCCAAUUAGCCAUGUUAUCUUUCAUUGGAAAUGUCACAUUCUCCCUGUACUUUAAGCACCUGACACGGCUCGAGCAGCGCACGCAGUUCACCUCUCUCGAUUUAACUAAUUUACGUGAUUCAUGCAGGCUCCCCGGGUGCAAUAAGCAAAGCUAUUUCCAUCGCAAAUCAGCUCCCUGAUCGCUGGACUCCAUGUUUAUUUUUUUUUCUUCUGUCGUUUGUCUUCAUCUCAUGGAUAACCUUUGCUUGUGUGUUGCUUAAUAAAAGCUAUUAGUUAUGAAA